GUCAGUCUGCUUCAUCUGUUUAGCUACGCCACGAGAGAUUGCUGGAAAGUUGAAAACACUGAUCAUUCUAUACAUCAUGGACCUAUUCCAGUACAAACCACUAGACCUCACGGAAAAGUCCUUUCGGCUACUCAUGCUUCAUCCUGGAUCCACCGGCGAGAUAUCCUGUGAUAUCUUUGAAGCAAGUCUGGACUCCGAAGGCAUUAUCCCCUAUGAAGCCUUAUCGUAUGCCUGGGGCAGCAUUGAUCUCUCGGCCUCCAUCAUCGCCAACGGCAAGACCCUCCGCAUCACGAAUAACCUGUUCACUGCUUUGACUUACCUCCGAGACGACCAUGUCAGCAAGGUCAUGUGGAUCGACGCUGUCUGUAUCGACCAAAGCAACGUCGCUGAGCGAGGUCACCAGGUCGGACAGAUGGCUGGCAUCUACAGAGGCGCUGAACAGGUCAUCGUAUGGCUUGGCCCGCCCACACAUGCGACGAACCUCUUGCUGGGAUGCCUCAAAGAACUACACAAAAGCUGGGCCCGUCAGAAAAGCCGAAACAAUCUUGACCAGGCACAAGAGCAAUGGACAAAGAUACGGCAAAACUCGGGACUUGACCAGGCUGUCCUCAUCAAUCUACAACGGAGGGGACUUGUUUCACUCCUCGAGGAGACUUGGUUCACGAGGAUAUGGGUUCUACAGGAAGUUUCAAAUGCACGAGCAGCUUCGAUCUAUAGUGGCAGACGGUCCGUUCAGGCUUACAUGCUCAAUAUCGCUGCGAAGCUCGUCGGUGUCGUCCCCAACGCCGGAUGCCAAGCUGUUCUGGACCUUCUUCCGAACUCCUUUACUCAGAGAUCCCCAAGAAAGGACGUUCUCCUUACUUUAUUGCAAAAGUUUCAAAGCAGCAAGGCGAGCGACCCUCGGGACAUGGUAUACGCCCUAUUAGCAAUAGCGUCCGACGUAUCGCAGAACGACUCGGGAUCACUGCUAUCGCCAGACUACUUCAAAACUGAGGAGCAUCUGGUGCAAGACCUCAAGAUAUACCUGUUCCUUGAUGCGCGAUAUUGCAUCUUUAUUCCCGAGCGAACCAUGGAAUCCUUUCUCGAAGCGCUGCCUGGAUCAAUAGCGGCGAUACUCCAAAGCGUUGUGGUGACGGGGGUCACGAGCCACGUCCUCACGCUUCUUGAGAGGGGCCAAAAAUUCACCGUCAAUAAGGCCGAUAUUGACGCAAUGUGGAGAGAAGAAGGACUGGGAACUACAGAGGUUCUCUCUAAUCUAGCUCAAAUUGAGCAUCAAAACUUCCACUUCAGCCUAGAAGGCGUAGAGGCGUCGUUUCAGUUUUUCGAUCUUGCAACUGCGCAAAGUCUUGUGAGCCGUUAUGGAGAACGCAUACAGAUCAAUCAGCAUCUUGCCACAGCCUUGCUACGGCGAAGAGACGGCAGGGAUCAAAUCCUCAUGUUGCUGAUCGAGUGGGAUAAGCCUUCUAUUCCAUUAACGCAAAAUGGAUUGACCGCUUUAGUGAAGCUUAUCGAUCCGGCGUCGUUGCAAAUGCUUCUCAAGAAACAAACAAAAGUAUAUCAAAUAACGGACAAAGUUCUUGAAGAAGCUUCCCGCAAUCGAAAUGAGGGCAAGAUCAUCCCGAUACUCCUCGAUUCAGUCGGCGAUCGAACCGAGUUCGAAAUGAGUGGGUUGCUGUGGUUGCUGCGUUUUUUUGACAAGAAGAAAUUGAUGUUGCUGCUUGUUUCAAAUUUCAGUAAAAUCAGCAUUGCUGCUUUGGGGCUCCCUCCUGAUGAGAGUGUCCUCUGGUCUACUGAGUUGGUAUCCGGCUUAGGCUCACUUAGCAACUGGAAGAAGAUCGAAUACAUCAGAGAGAGCACGGAAUCUCAAGAGACAUUGGAUGUUGAGGCGAUCAGAAUGGAGGCGGAAUUCAUCAACGGUUUGUGUAUGAACGCAACUCUCGACCGGUUCAGUUUGUAUCCAAAUAUGCCAAGACACAUAUGA